AUGCUUGGUUCAGAGGAUCUGAACGAGCUGAAAGUCAUUGUGCAGGAUGAGGCAAAGGAAACUGAGGUCAUUUUUGAAGCUGUUCGAGGACUGACAGAAUAUGGUGACACAGCGGUGGACAAUGUAGGUGUCCGAAGGGGACCCUGUGAGCCUGAGCCUGGAACGCCGACCACCACUAUCCCUCCGGCCACCUCCACCAGCACCCCCCCAACCAUCUCUACCACUACUAAGGCUGACACGACUACAUCUCCAGAAACAACCACACAACCCCCCUUGCCAGGUUCAGAGUCCUGCGUGGCGGAGGGAGACCCUCACUACCUCACCUUUGACAAGCAAAUGCACCACUUCAUGGGGACCUGCACCUACACCCUGUCCAAGCUGUGUGCACCCAACAGCACGCUGCCCAGCUUCAACGUGGAGGCCACCAACGAGCACCGCGGAGGCUACACGCACGUGUCCUACGUUCGUGACGUGGCGGUGGAUGUGUACGGCCACAGGAUCACUUUAGAGCAGGGCAGAGUGGUGACGGUGGACGGGAAGCGGGAGAUUCUGCCCUUGGAGCCAUCCGCAGGUCUGACAGUCUCCUCCAGCGGCAUGUACGUGGUGGUGACCACAGAUUUCGGUCUGAGAGUGAGAUUUGAUGGGAACCAUCGCGUGGAAGUGACACUGCCAAGCUCCUUUAAAGCACAAGUGUGCGGGAUGUGCGGGAACUACAACGAGAACCCAGCGGAUGACUUCCUGAAUCCCCAGGGCGGGAUGGAGCCGGACUCGACCAGCCUGGGCAACAGCUGGCAGGUCUCCAACCACAGCAGUUGCCCUCCAGCAGUACAUAAGCCCCCUAUAUGCAACCAGACCACCCAGCAGCUGAUUGGGAGCAGUCAAUUCUGCGGGCUCCUCAAGGAGGGGACCGGCCCGUUCAAGCAGUGCCACGGUGUGCUCCGCCCUGACGCAUACUUCAACAACUGUGCCUACGACCUGUGUGCGCUGCAACUGGAGCCCGGGGCCCUGUGCCGGAGCCUGCAGUCGUACGCGGAUGCCUGCCAGUCCCUGGGAGUCACCAUCGAUGCCUGGAGGAACGCCACCUUCUGCCCGAUCCAGUGUCCUGCCAACAGUCACUACGAGCCAUGUACAACCGCCUGCCCCGCAACCUGUGCCCGUCCCCUGGCUCCAUCCACCUGUGGCCAGCCGUGUGUGGAAGGCUGUGUGUGCGACAGCGGGUACCUGCUCUACAAUGACCGGUGUGUCCCCAGCGGGCAGUGCGGGUGCUGGCAUGAAGACCAUCACUACCCUGUUGGCUCUGAGUUCUGGACCGACGAUACCUGCUCCAAGAAAUGCAGAUGCCCCGCUGCAGGCAGCAAGCCGACAUGUGCUGUGGCCUCCUGCCCCCGGGACUAUUACUGCGGGGUGCAGAACGGCGUCCCUGGCUGCUACCCCAACACUUACGGCAUCUGCCGAGUGCACAACGACCCGCACUACAACACUUUUGACAAGGCAACUCACCACUUCAUGGGCACCUGCACCUACACGCUGGCCAAGGUGUGUGGCAGCAACAGCACCCUGCCCCUCUUCAACGUGGAGGCCAAGAAUGAGCAUCGCGGGAACCCCUGGGUGUCCUACGUGCAGAGGGUGCGAGUCGAGGUCUACGGGCUGCGCAUAGACAUCGUCAGGAACCAUCGCGACCGAGUGCUGGUGAAUGGAGAGUGGACAACCCUCUCGGUGAUGGCAGCUGGCGGCUCAAUCCGAGUGAGCCGGAGCGGCCGCUACACGGUCCUGGAGACGGACUUUGGGCUGAGCGUGUCCUACGACACGGACCACUCAGUGGAGGUGAAGGUGCCCUCCACCUACUCCAACCGGACCUGCGGCAUGUGCGGGAACUUCAACGGGCGCAGAGACGACGAGUAUAUGAAGCCGGACGGACAGCAAGCCGCCAACUCCAACCAGCUGGGAGAGAGCUGGAAAGUGGAGGAUGGCGACCCCUCCUGCAGUAUCCCCGCCCCGCCUGCCCCCCCGUGCACUGCAGAGCAGGAGAGGCUCUACCAGAGUACGCAGUACUGCGGCAUGAUGAGCAGCCGGCCAGGGACCUUUACGGCCUGUCACUCGGUGAUCAACCCCGAGAGCUUCGUGGAGAGCUGUGUGUUUGACCUGUGUGCCCUGAACGGCAGCCAGCAGCAGCUGUGUGGCGCUCUGGAGGCCUACGCGGCUGCCUGUCAGGGGGCCGGGGUGAUACUGCCUUCCUGGAGAAACGCCACCUUCUGCACUCCCGCGUGCCCGCUCAACGCCCACUACGAGUCCUGCGCCACCGCCUGCCCGGCCACGUGUGUGGACCGCCUGGCCCCCCAGAACUGCAGCAAGCCGUGCGUGGAGGGCUGCGUGUGUAACACCGGGUUUGUGCUCAGCGGAGGGGCUUGCGUGCCGGAGGCACAGUGCGGCUGUGUGUGGCACGGCAGAUACUACAGCGAAGGUCAGAUUGUGGUGACAGAGGACUGCACACACCGGUGCGAGUGCCUGGGCAGCGGGCAGAUGAACUGCAGUGCCUUCUCCUGUGGUCCCGAGGAGGUCUGCAAGCUGCAGGAUGGCCAGCGCGGGUGCUUCACAGCCGGCUCUGCUACCUGCCACAUCUACGGUGACCCCCACUACACCACCUUUGAUGGAAAGCUGCACCAUUUCCAGGGGGCCUGCAACUACACCGUGGUGCAGAGCUGCGGCAACUCUUCUGCCCACUUCGCGGUCACCACCCGCAAUGAGCACCGGGGCAGCCCCUUCUGGACGGCCAUCAACUCAGUCGCGUUCAGCAUGGAUGGCCUCCACAUCGUCCUCAGGAAGGGCAAGCUGGUCUACAUUAACCGUGCUCUGAUCACUCCCCCGGCCAGUCCUCUCCUCGGAGUCUCCGUUGCCCUAGUGGGAGCCCAUGUGCAAGUCACAACCCCGCUGGGUGUGCAGCUGCUCUUCAAUGGGGACCACGAGCUGCUUGUGCGCGUGAGCGAGAAGCACCGGGGAAGUGUGUGUGGCCUAUGUGGGACCUACACUGGGAAUCCAGAGGACGACUUCAUGAGACCUGACGGGGUGGUGGUGACUGAUGGCAAUGACUUCGGGGCCAGCUGGCGGGUGCCCGAUGCGGAUUGGCCAUGCAACCAGACUGUUCCUCCACCUUCCACAUGUACUCCCUCGGAGCAAGAAGCUGCUAAGGUGAAAUGCGGCAUCCUCACCGCGUGGGACAGCCCGUUCUCCACAUGCCACUCUGCUGUUCCAGCACACCUGUACGUGCAGAGUUGUGUCUAUGACCAAUGCGCCACCGAUGGCAGCUUGGAGCAGUUCUGCAAUGACCUGGAGGCCUACGCUGCUGCCUGUGCGAUGGCUGGCAUCACCUUGGGAGACUGGAGCGUGGGCACUGUCUGCGCUCCAGAACCACCCUGUGACUUGUCCUGCUCGUUCGACACAAACUUCUGUAAUUGGGAGCAGUUGGCGUCUGACAACCUUAACUGGACACGGCACAGGGGGCCAACACCCUCCCCGAACACAGGCCCUUCCUUUGACCACACUACAGGAGCCGGUUACUUCAUCUACCUGCAAGGAAGCGAGGCCAGGGCUGAAAAUGUGGCUGGCUUGGUCAGUCCAGUGUGCGCUCCCCAAGGACACUUCUGCUUCCACUUCUGGUACCACAUGUACGGAGUGGCCCAAAACAUGACCCUGCGAGUGUACGUCAUCAGGGAUGGUGCACGGGAGCUGCUAUGGAAGGAGUCUGGCAACAAGGGUGAUAGGUGGAACAAAGCACAGAUCACUGUGUACAGCACAGGAAACAUGAAGAUCCUCCUGGAGGGUGAGCGAGGUGAAGAUUUCCGCAGUGACGUAGCAGUGGAUGACGUCUCUCUGGAGCAGAGAUGUUGCCCAGAGUCCUGCGUGGCGGAGGGAGACCCUCACUACCUCACCUUUGACAAGCAAAUGCACCACUUCAUGGGGACCUGCACCUACACCCUGUCCAAGCUGUGCGCGCCCAACAGCACGCUGCCCAGCUUCAACGUGGAAGCCACCAACGAGCACCGCGGAGGCUACACGCAUGUGUCCUACGUUCGUGACGUGGCGGUGGAUGUGUACGGCCACAGGAUCACUUUAGAGCAGGGCAGAGUGGUGACGGUGGACGGGAAGCGGGAGAUUCUGCCCUUGGAGCCAUCCGCAGGUCUGACAGUCUCCUCCAGCGGCAUGUACGUGGUGGUGACCACAGAUUUCGGUCUGAGAGUGAGAUUUGAUGGGAACCAUCGCGUGGAAGUGACACUGCCAAGCUCCUUUAAAGCACAAGUGUGCGGGAUGUGUGGGAACUACAACGGGAAACCAGGGGAUGACUUCCUGAAUCCCCAGGGCGGGAUGGAGCCGGACUCGACCAGCCUGGGCAACAGCUGGCAGGUCUCCAACCACAGCAGUUGCCCUCCAGCAGAAGAUCAGUCCCCUAUAUGCAACCAGACCACCCAGCAGCUGAUUGGGAGCAGUCAAUUCUGCGGGCUCCUCAAGGAGGGGACCAGCCCGUUCAAGCAGUGCCACGGUGUGCUCCGCCCUGACGCAUACUUCAACAACUGCGCCUACGACCUGUGUGCGCUGCAACUGGAGCCCGGGGCCCUGUGCCGGAGCCUGCAGUCGUACGCGGACGCCUGCCAGUCCCUGGGAGUCACCGUCACUGCCUGGAGGAACGCCACCUUCUGCCCGAUCCAGUGUCCUGCCAACAGUCACUACGAGCCAUGUACGACCGCCUGCCCCGCAACCUGUGCCCGUCCCCUGGCUCCAUCCACCUGUGGCCAGCCGUGUGUGGAAGGCUGUGUGUGCGACAGCGGGUACCUGCUCUACAAUGACCGGUGUGUCCCCAGCGGGCAGUGCGGGUGCUGGCACGAAGACCAUCACUACCCUGUUGGCUCUGAGUUCUGGACCGACGAUACCUGCUCCAAGAAAUGCAGAUGCCCCGCUGCAGGCAGCAAGCCGACAUGUGCUGUGGCCUCCUGCCCCCGGGACUAUUACUGCGGGGUGCAGAACGGCGUCCCUGGCUGCUACCCCCACACUUACGGCAUCUGCCGAGUGCACAACGACCCGCACUACAACACUUUUGACAAGGCAACUCACCACUUCAUGGGCACCUGCACCUACACGCUGGCCAAGGUGUGUGGCAGCAACAGCACCCUGCCCCUCUUCAACGUGGAGGCCAAGAAUGAGCAUCGCGGGAACCCCUGGGUGUCCUACGUGCAGAGGGUGCGAGUCGAGGUCUACGGGCUGCGCAUAGACAUCGUCAGGAACCAUCGCGACCGAGUGCUGGUGAAUGGAGAGUGGACAACCCUCUCGGUGAUGGCAGCUGGCGGCUCAAUCCGAGUGAGCCGGAGCGGCCGCUACACGGUCCUGGAGACGGACUUUGGGCUGAGCGUGUCCUACGACACGGACCACUCAGUGGAGGUGAAGGUGCCCUCCACCUACUCCAGCCGGACCUGCGGCAUGUGCGGGAACUUCAACGGGCGCAGAGACGACGAGUACAUGAAGCCGGACGGACAGCAAGCCGCCAACUCCAACCAGCUGGGAGAGAGCUGGAAAGUGGAGGACGGCGACCCCUCCUGCAGUAUCCCCGCCCCGCCUGCCCCCCCGUGCACUGCAGAGCAGGAGAGGCUCUACCAGAGUACGCAGUACUGCGGCAUGAUGAGCAGCCGGCCAGGGACCUUUACGGCCUGUCACUCGGUGAUCAACCCCGAGAGCUUCGUGGAGAGCUGUGUGUUUGACCUGUGUGCCCUGAACGGCAGCCAGCAGCAGCUGUGUGGCGCUCUGGAGGCCUACGCGGCUGCCUGUCAGGGGGCCGGGGUGAUACUGCCUUCCUGGAGAAACGCCACCUUCUGCACUCCCGCGUGCCCGCUCAAUGCCCACUACGAGUCCUGCGCCACCGCCUGCCCGGCCACGUGUGUGGACCGCCUGGCCCCCCAGAACUGCAGCAAGCCGUGCGUGGAGGGCUGCGUGUGUAACACCGGGUUUGUGCUCAGCGGAGGGGACUGCGUGCCGGAGGCACAGUGCGGCUGUGUGUGGCACGGCAGAUACUACAGCGAAGGCCAGGUUGUGGUGACAGAGGACUGCACACACCGGUGCGAGUGCCUGGGCAACGGGCAGAUGAACUGCAGUGACUUCUCCUGUGGUCCCGAGGAGGUCUGCAAGCUGCAGGACGGCCAGCGGGGGUGCUUCGUUCCAGGGCCAGGAUCAACGACCAUUCCCACCCCCACGGCCAUCUCCACCAGCAUCCCCCCUACUAUCUCUACCACUAUCCGGACUUCAACUCCAGAAACAGCUACCGCACUCCCCGUGACCAGUUCAGAGUCCUGCGUGGCGGAGGGAGACCCUCACUACCUCACCUUUGACAAGCAAAUGCACCACUUCAUGGGGACCUGCACCUACACCCUGUCCAAGCUGUGCGCGCCCAACAGCACGCUGCCCAGCUUCAACGUGGAGGCCACCAACGAGCACCGCGGAGGCUACACGCACGUGUCCUACGUUCGUGACGUGGCGGUGGAUGUGUAUGGCCACAGGAUCACUUUAGAGCAGGGCAGAGUGGUGAUGGUGGACGGGAAGCGGGAGGUUCUGCCCUUGGAGCCAUCCGCAGGUCUGACAGUCUCCUCCAGUGGCAUGUACGUGGUGGUGACCACAGAUUUCGGCCUGAGAGUGAGAUUUGAUGGGAACCAUCGCGUGGAAGUGACACUGCCAAGCUCCUUUAAAGCACAAGUGUGCGGGAUGUGUGGGAACUACAACGGGAAACCAGGGGAUGACUUCCUGAAUCCCCAGGGCGGGAUGGAGCCGGACUCGACCAGCCUGGGCAACAGCUGGCAGGUCUCCAACCACAGCAGUUGCCCUCCAGCAGAAGAUCAGCCCCCUAUAUGCAACCAGACCGCCCAGCAGCUGAUUGAGAGCAGUCAAUUCUGCGGGCUCCUCAAGGAGGGGACCGGCCCGUUCAAGCAGUGCCACGGUGUGCUCCGCCCUAACGCAUACUUCAACAACUGCGCCUACGACCUGUGUGCGCUGCAACUGGAGCCCGGGGCCCUGUGCCGGAGCCUGCAGUCGUACGCGGACGCCUGCCAGUCCCUGGGAGUCACCGUCGCUGCCUGGAGGAAUGCCACCUUCUGCCCAAUCCAGUGUCCUGCCAACAGUCACUACGAGCCAUGUACGACCGCCUGCCCCGCAACCUGUGCCCGUCCCCUAGCUCCAUCCACUUGCAGCCGGCCAUGUGUGGAAGGGUGUGUGUGCGACAGCGGGUACCUGCUCUACAACGACCGGUGUGUCCCCAGCUGGCAGUGCGGGUGCUGGCAUGAAGACCGUCACUACCCAAUUGGCUAUGAGUUCUGGACUGACGAUACCUGCUCCGAGAAAUGCAGGUGCCCCGCUGCAGGCAGCAAGCUGACCUGUGCUGUGGCCUCCUGCCCUCCAGCCCAUUACUGUGGGUUGCAGAAUGGCGUGCCUGGCUGUUACCGCUACACCUACGGCAUCUGCCGAGUGCACAACGACCCGCACUACAACACAUUCGACAAGGUGACUCACCACUUCAUGGGCACCUGCACCUACACGCUGGCCAAGGUGUGUGGCAAUGACAGCGCCCUGCCCGUCUUCAACGUGGAGGCCAAGAAUGAGCAUCGCGGGAACCCCUGGGUGUCCUACGUGCAGAGGGUGCGAGUCGAGGUCUACGGGCUGCGCAUAGACAUCGUGAGGAACCAUCGCAACCGAGUGCUGGUGAAUGGAGAGUGGACAACCCUCUCGGUGAUGGCAGCUGGCGGCUCAAUCCGAGUGAGCCGGAGCGGCCGCUACACGGUCCUGGAGACGGACUUUGGGCUGAGCGUGUCCUACGACACGGACCACUCAGUGGAGGUGAAGGUGCCCUCCACCUACUCCAGCCGGACCUGCGGCAUGUGCGGGAACUUCAACGGGCGCAGAGACGACGAGUACAUGAAGCCGGACGGACAGCAAGCCGCCAACUCCAACCAGCUGGGAGAGAGCUGGAAAGUGGAGGACGGCGACCCCUCCUGCAGUAUCCCCGCCCCGCCUGCCCCCCCGUGCACUGCAGAGCAGGAGAGGCUCUACCAGAGCGCGCAGUACUGCGGCAUGAUGAGCAGCCAGGUGGGGGCCUUUGUGGCCUGUCACUUGGUGAUCAGCCCCGGGAGCUUCGUGGAGAGCUGCGCGUUUGACCUGUGUGCCCUGAACGGCAGCCAGCAGCAGCUGUGUGGCGCUCUGGAGGCCUACGCGGCUGCCUGUCAGGGGGCCGGAGUGAUGCUGCCUCGUUGGAGAAACACCACCUUCUGCCCACUCCCGUGCCCUGGCAACAGUCAUUACAAUCCGUACACCAGUGCUUGUCCUGCCACCUGCUUCGACCCCAUGGCCCCAAGCAACUGCAGCAAGCCCUGCGUGGAGGGCUGCGAGUGCAACACCGGCUUCGUUCUCAGCGGGGAGCAGUGCGUCCCCAUCAGGGACUGUGGCUGCCUCCAUCAGGGCAAAUAUUAUAAGAAAGACGAAACCUUCUGGCAAACCGACUGCAAGGGCAAAUGCGUGUGCGCUGAGAACGGCACUGUCACUUGCAGUAACGAGACGUGUGAAGCGGACCACAUCUGCAAGGUGCAGAAGGGAAUCCUGGGAUGCUACCCGCCAGACACCGCCACCUGCCACAUCUACGGGGACCCUCACUACGUCACCUUUGACGGGAGACUCUACCACUUCCAAGGCGAAUGCAAUUAUACCGUCGUCCAGCCCUGCGACAAUUCUUCCGAGCCGUUCUCCGUGACCACCAGAAAUGAACACAGAGGAAGCCCGGCCUGGACGGCGCUGAACUCCGUUUCUGUCACCCUGAAAAACGUUCACGUUGCUUUGAGGAAAAACAAAGAGGUCCAAGUGAAUGGAAUUCGAGUGGAUCUUCCCGUGAAUCUGCCUCCUGGGAUUUCAGUUGCUCUGCAGGGAGCCUAUGUGGUGGUUGACACCCCCAUUGGCAUUCAGGUCAAGUUUGAUGGUGACCACGAGCUUUUUGUUCGUGCUGACGAGCGUCUCAGGGGGCAGGUGUGUGGUCUGUGCGGCACCUACACGGAGAAUCAGCUGGACGACUUCCUGAAGCCAGACCACCGCCUAGAACAGGAUUCAACUAAGUUUGGUGACAGCUGGCAAGUGAAGAAUGACAACUGGACCUGCGGGCCCACGCCUGUCCCACCAGCCUGCAACCCCGUGCAAGAGAGGAAGUAUGAAGAGCUGUGCAAAAUCAUUGUGACCAGCAGCGGGCCUUUUGUAUCCUGCCAUUGGCCCACUCCCCCUCAGCAGUACUUUGAGAGCUGUGUCUAUGACCUGUGCGCCACGGGAGGGGACACGGAGCAGUUCUGCAAAGUCCUGGGAGCGUACGCUGCCGCCUGCGAACUUGGAGGGGUGAGCCUGGGUGACUGGAGAAAGGACACCGUGUGUGAGUCCUGCGUGGCGGAGGGAGACCCUCACUACCUCACCUUUGACAAGCAAAUGCACCACUUCAUGGGGACCUGCACCUACACCCUGUCCAAGCUGUGUGCACCCAACAGCACGCUGCCCAGCUUCAACGUGGAGGCCACCAACGAGCACCGCGGAGGCUACACGCACGUGUCCUACGUUCGUGACGUGGCGGUGGAUGUGUACGGCCACAGGAUCACUUUAGAGCAGGGCAGAGUGGUGACGGUGGACGGGGAGAGGGAGAUUCUGCCCUUCGAGCCAUCCAGAGGCCUGACAGUCUCCUCAAGCGGCAUAUAUGUGGUGGUGACCACAGAUUUCGGCCUGAGAGUGAGAUUUGAUGGGAACCAUCGUGUGGAAGUGACACUGCCAAGCUCCUUUAAAGCACAAGUGUGCGGGAUGUGCGGGAACUACAACGAGAACCCAGCGGAUGACUUCCUGAAUCCCCAGGGCGGGAUGGAGCCGGACUCGACCAGCCUGGGCAACAGCUGGCAGGUCUCCAACCACAGCAGUUGCCCUCCAGCAGAAGAUCAGCCCCCUAUAUGCAACCAGACCACCCAGCAGCUGAUUGGGAGCAGUCAAUUCUGCGGGCUCCUCAAGGAGGGGACCGGCCCGUUCAAGCAGUGCCACGGUGUGCUCCGCCCUGACGCAUACUUCAACAACUGCGCCUACGACCUGUGUGCGCUGCAACUGGAGCCCGGGGCCCUGUGCCGGAGCCUGCAGUCGUACGCGGAUGCCUGCCAGUCCCUGGGAGUCACCAUCGAUGCCUGGAGGAACGCCACCUUCUGCCCGAUCCAGUGUCCUGCCAACAGUCACUACGAGCCAUGUACGACCGCCUGCCCCGCAACCUGUGCCCGUCCCCUGGCUCCAUCCACCUGUGGCCAGCCGUGUGUGGAAGGCUGUGUGUGCGACAGCGGGUACCUGCUCUACAAUGACCGGUGUGUCCCCAGCGGGCAGUGCGGGUGCUGGCACGAAGACCGUCACUACCCUGUUGGCUCUGAGUUCUGGACCGACGAUACCUGCUCCAAGAAAUGCAGAUGCCCCGCUGCAGGCAGCAAGCUGACCUGUGCUGUGGCCUCCUGCCCCCGGGACUAUUACUGCGGGGUGCAGAACGGCGUCCCUGGCUGCUACCCCCACACCUACGGCAUCUGCCGAGUGCACAACGACCCGCACUACAACACUUUUGACAAGGCAACUCACCACUUCAUGGGCACCUGCACCUACACGCUGGCCAAGGUGUGUGGCAGCAACAGCACCCUGCCCCUCUUCAACGUGGAGGCCAAGAAUGAGCAUCGCGGGAACCCCUGGGUGUCCUACGUGCAGAGGGUGCGAGUCGAGGUCUACGGGCUGCGCAUAGACAUCGUCAGGAACAAUCGCAACCGAGUGCUGGUGAAUGGAGAGUGGACAACCCUCUCGGUGAUGGCAGCUGGCGGCUCAAUCCGAGUGAGCCGGAGCGGCCGCUACACGGUCCUGGAGACGGACUUUGGGCUGAGCGUGUCCUACGACACGGACCACUCGGUGGAGGUGAAGGUGCCCUCCACCUACUCCAACCGGACCUGCGGCAUGUGCGGGAACUUCAACGGGCGCAGAGACGACGAGUACAUGAAGCCGGACGGACAGCAAGCCGCCAACUCCAACCAGCUGGGAGAGAGCUGGAAAGUGGAGGACGGCGACCCCUCCUGCAGUGUCCCCGGCCCCAACCCCACACCUCCCCCGCCGUGCACUGCAGAGCAGGAGAGGCUCUACCAGAGCGCGCAGUACUGCGGCAUGAUGAGCAGCCGGCCAGGGACCUUUACGGCUUGUCACUCGGUGAUCAACCCCGAGAGCUUCGUGGAGAGCUGUGUGUUUGACCUGUGUGCCCUGAACGGCAGCCAGCAGCAGCUGUGUGGCGCUCUGGAGGCCUACGCGGCUGCCUGUCAGGGGGCCGGGGUGAUACUGCCUUCCUGGAGAAACGCCACCUUCUGCACUCCCGCGUGCCCGCUCAACGCCCACUACGAGUCCUGCGCCACUGCCUGCCCGGCCACAUGUGUGGACCGGCUGGCCCCCCAGAACUGCAGCAAGCCGUGCGUGGAGAGCUGCGUGUGUAACACCGGGUUUGUGCUCAGCGGAGGGGACUGCGUGCCGGAGGCACAGUGCGGCUGUGUGUGGCACGGCAGAUACUACAGCGAAGGCCAGGUUGUGGUGACAGAGGACUGCACACACCGGUGCGAGUGCCUGGGCAACGGGCAGAUGAACUGCAGUGCCUUCUCCUGUGGUCCCGAGGAGGUCUGCAAGCUGCAGGACGGCCAGCGGGGGUGCUUCGUUCCAGGGCCAGGAUCAACGACCAUUCCCACCCCCACGGCCAUCUCCACCAGCAUCCCCCCUACUAUCUCUACCACUAUCCGGACUUCAACUCCAGAAACAGCUACCGCACUCCCCGUGACCAGUUCAGAGUCCUGCGUGGCGGAGGGAGACCCUCACUACCUCACCUUUGACAAGCAAAUGCACCACUUCAUGGGGACCUGCACCUACACCCUGUCCAAGCUGUGCGCGCCCAACAGCACGCUGCCCAGCUUCAACGUGGAGGCCACCAACGAGCACCGCGGAGGCUACACGCACGUGUCCUACGUUCGUGACGUGGCGGUGGAUGUGUAUGGCCACAGGAUCACUUUAGAGCAGGGCAGAGUGGUGACGGUGGACGGGAAGCGGGAGAUUCUGCCCUUGGAGCCAUCCGCAGGUCUGACAGUCUCCUCCAGUGGCAUGUACGUGGUGGUGACCACAGAUUUCGGCCUGAGAGUGAGAUUUGAUGGGAACCAUCGCGUGGAAGUGACACUGCCAAGCUCCUUUAAAGCACAAGUGUGCGGGAUGUGUGGGAACUACAACGGGAAACCAGGGGAUGACUUCCUGAAUCCCCAGGGCGGGAUGGAGCCGGACUCGACCAGCCUGGGCAACAGCUGGCAGGUCUCCAACCACAGCAGUUGCCCUCCAGCAGAAGAUCAGUCCCCUAUAUGCAACCAGACCGCCCAGCAGCUGAUUGAGAGCAGUCAAUUCUGCGGGCUCCUCAAGGAGGGGACCGGCCCGUUCAAGCAGUGCCACGGUGUGCUCCGCCCUGACGCAUACUUCAACAACUGCGCCUACGACCUGUGUGCGCUGCAACUGGAGCCCGGGGCCCUGUGCCGGAGCCUGCAGUCGUACGCGGACGCCUGCCAGUCCCUGGGAGUCACCGUCGCUGCCUGGAGGAAUGCCACCUUCUGCCCAAUCCAGUGUCCUGCCAACAGUCACUACGAGCCAUGUACGACCGCCUGCCCCGCAACCUGUGCCCGUCCCCUAGCUCCAUCCACUUGCGGCCGGCCGUGUGUGGAAGGGUGUGUGUGCGACAGCGGGUACCUGCUCUACAACGACCGGUGUGUCCCCAGCUGGCAGUGCGGGUGCUGGCAUGAAGACCAUCACUACCCAAUUGGCUAUGAGUUCUGGACUGACGAUACCUGCUCCAAGAAAUGCAGGUGCCCCGCUGCAGGCAGCAAGCUGACCUGUGAUGUGGCCUCCUGCCCUCCAGCCCAUUACUGUGGGUUGCAGAAUGGCGUGCCUGGCUGUUACCGCUACACCUACGGCAUCUGCCGAGUGCACAACGACCCGCACUACAACACAUUCGACAAGGUGACUCACCACUUCAUGGGCACCUGCACCUACACGCUGGCCAAGGUGUGUGGCAAUGACAGCGCCCUGCCCCUCUUCAACGUGGAGGCCAAGAAUGAGCAUCGCGGGAACCCCUGGGUGUCCUACGUGCAGAGGGUGCGAGUCGAGGUCUACGGGCUGCGCAUAGACAUCGUGAGGAACCAUCGCAACCGAGUGCUGGUGAAUGGAGAGUGGACAACCCUCUCGGUGAUGGCAGCUGGCGGCUCAAUCCGAGUGAGCCGGAGCGGCCGCUACACGGUCCUGGAGACGGACUUUGGGCUGAGCGUGUCCUACGACACGGACCACUCAGUGGAGGUGAAGGUGCCCUCCACCUACUCCAGCCGGACCUGCGGCAUGUGCGGGAACUUCAACGGGCGCAGAGACGACGAGUACAUGAAGCCGGACGGACAGCAAGCCGCCAACUCCAACCAGCUGGGAGAGAGCUGGAAAGUGGAGGACGGCGACCCCUCCUGCAGUAUCCCCGCCCCGCCUGCCCCCCCGUGCACUGCAGAGCAGGAGAGGCUCUACCAGAGCGCGCAGUACUGCGGCAUGAUGAGCAGCCAGGUGGGGGCCUUUGUGGCCUGUCACUCGGUGAUCAGCCCCGGGAGCUUCGUGGAGAGCUGCGCGUUUGACCUGUGUGCCCUGAACGGCAGCCAGCAGCAGCUGUGUGGCGCUCUGGAGGCCUACGCAGCUGCCUGUCAGGGGGCCGGGGUGAUGCUGCCUCGCUGGAGAAACGUCACCUUCUGCCCACUCCCGUGCCCUGGCAACAGUCAUUACAAUCCGUACACCAGUGCUUGUCCUGCCACCUGCUUCGACCCCAUGGCCCCAAGCAACUGCAGCAAGCCCUGCGUGGAGGGCUGCGAGUGCAACACCGGCUUCGUUCUCAGCGGGGAGCAGUGCGUCCCCAUCAGGGACUGUGGCUGCCUCCAUCAGGGCAAAUAUUAUAAGAAAGACGAAACCUUCUGGCAAACCGACUGCAAAGGCAAAUGCGUGUGCGCUGAGAACGGCACUGUCACUUGCAGUAACGAGACGUGUGAAGCGGACCACAUCUGCAAGGUGCAGAAGGGAAUCCUGGGAUGCUACCCGCCAGACACCGCCACCUGCCACAUCUACGGGGACCCUCACUACGUCACCUUUGACGGGAGACUCUACCACUUCCAAGGCGAAUGCAAUUAUACCGUCGUCCAGCCCUGCGACAAUUCUUCCGAGCCGUUCUCCGUGACCACCAGAAAUGAACACAGAGGAAGCCCGGCCUGGACGGCGCUGAACUCCGUUUCUGUCACCCUGAAAAAUGUUCACGUUGCUUUGAGGAAAAACAAAGAGGUCCAAGUGAAUGGAAUUCGAGUGGAUCUUCCCGUGAAUCUGCCUCCUGGGAUUUCAGUUGCUCUGCAGGGAGCCUAUGUGGUGGUUGACACCCCCAUUGGCAUUCAGGUCAAGUUUGAUGGUGACCACGAGCUUUUUGUUCGUGCUGACGAGCGUCUCAGGGGGCAGGUGUGUGGUCUGUGCGGCACCUACACGGAGAAUCAGCUGGACGACUUCCUGAAGCCAGACCACCGCCUAGAACAGGAUUCAACUAAGUUUGGUGACAGCUGGCAAGUGAAGAAUGACAACUGGACCUGCGGGCCCACGCCUGUCCCACCAGCCUGCAACCCCGUGCAAGAGAGGAAGUAUGAAGAGCUGUGCAAAAUCAUUGUGACCAGCAGCGGGCCUUUUGUAUCCUGCCAUUGGCCCACUCCCCCUCAGCAGUACUUUGAGAGCUGUGUCUAUGACCUGUGCGCCACGGGAGGGGACACGGAGCAGUUCUGCAAAGUCCUGGGAGCGUACGCUGCCGCCUGCGAACUUGGAGGGGUGAGCCUGGGUGACUGGAGAAAGGACACCAUGUGUGGAGAUGCAACGACUACCACAAGUCCAAGCACAACAACGUCCACUCCAACAGGAAUGUCAACAUAUUCCUCAUCUCCCUCUACUAUGACAACUGUUUCUAGUACCACCAGCUCAUCCACGUCAGCCUCCACUCCUCUGAGUACGACAGAGCCACCAACCUAUUCUCCAAGCUCCAAUCUUACUACCACCACUUCUGGUACCACCACUUCAUCCACAUCAGCCUCCACUCCCCUGAGUACGACAGAGCCACCAACCUAUUCUCCAAGCUCCUCUGUUAAUACCACCACUUCUGGUACCACCACUUCAUCCACAUCUACCUCCUCUCCUCUGAGUACGACAGAGCCACCAACCUAUUCUCCAAGCUCCAAUCUUACUACCACCACUUCUGGUACCACCACUUCAUCCACAUCAGCCUCCACUCCCCUGAGUACGACAGAGCCGCCAACCUAUUCUCCAAGCUCCUCUGUUAAUACCACCACUUCUGGUACCACCACUUCAUCCACAUCUACCUCCUCUCCUCUGAGUACGACAGAGCCACCAACCUAUUCACCAAGCUCCUCUGUUAAUACCACCACUUCUGGUACCACCACUUCAUCCACAUCUACCUCCUCUCCUCUGAGUACGACAGAGCCACCAACCUAUUCUCCAAGCUCCUCUGUUAAUACCACCACUUCUGGUACCACCACUUCAUCCACAUCUACCUCCUCUCCUCUGAGUACGACAGAGCCACCAACCUAUUCACCAAGCUCCUCUGUUAAUACCACCACUUCUGGUACCACCACUUCAUCCACAUCUACCUCCUCUCCUCUGAGUACGACAGAGCCACCAACCUAUUCUCCAAGCUCCUCUGUUAAUACCACCACUUCUGGUACCACCACUUCAUCCACAUCUACCUCCUCUCCUCUGAGUACGACAGAGCCACCAACCUAUUCUCCAAGCUCCAAUCUUACUACCACCACUUCUGGUACCACCACUUCAUCCACAUCUACCUCCACUCCCCUGAGUACGACAGAGCCGCCAACCUAUUCUCCAAGCUCCUCUGUUAAUACCACCACUUCUGGUACCACCACUUCAUCCACAUCUACCUCCUCUCCUCUGAGUACGACAGAGCCACCAACCUAUUCACCAAGCUCCUCUGUUAAUACCACCACUUCUGGUACCACCACUUCAUCCACAUCUACCUCCGCUCCCCUGAGUACGACAGAGCCACCAACCUAUUCUCCAAGCUCCUCUGUUAAUACCACCACUUCUAGUACCACCACUUCAUCCACAUCUACCUCCUCUCCUCUGAGUACGACAGAGCCACCAACCUAUUCUCCAAGCUCCUCUGUUAAUACCACCACUUCUGGUACCACCACUUCAUCCACAUCUACCUCCUCUCCUCUGAGUACGACAGAGCCACCAACCUAUUCUCCAAGCUCCUCUGUUAAUACCACCACUUCUGGUACCACCACUUCAUCCACAUCUACCUCCUCUCCUCUGAGUACGACAGAGCCACCAACCUAUUCUCCAAGCUCCUCUGUUAAUACCACCACUUCUGGUACCACCACUUCAUCCACAUCUACCUCCUCUCCUCUGAGUACGACAGAGUCACCAACCUAUUCUCCAAGCUCCUCUGUUAAUACCACCACUUCUGGUACCACCACUUCAUCCACAUCUACCUCCUCUCCUCUGAGUACGACAGAGCCACCAACCUAUUCUCCAAGCUCCUCUGUUAAUACCACCACUUCUGGUACCACCACUUCAUCCACAUCUACCUCCUCUCCUCUGAGUACGACAGAGCCACCAACCUAUUCUCCAAGCUCCUCUGCAACAACCACCACUUUUAGUACCACCACUUCAUCCACAUCUGCCUCCACUCCCCUGAUUACGACAGAGCCACCAACCUAUUCUCCAAGCUCCUCUGUUAAUACCACCACUUCUGGUACCACCACUUCAUCCACAUCUACCUCCUCUCCUCUGAGUACGACAGAGCCGCCAACCUAUUCUCCAAGCUCCUCUGUUAAUACCACCACUUCUGGUACCACCACUUCAUCCACAUCAGCCUCCACUCCCCUGAGUACGACAGAGCCACCAACCUAUUCUCCAAGCUCCAAUCUUACUACCACCACUUCUGGUACCACCACUUCAUCCACAUCUACCUCCUCUCCUCUGAGUACAACAGAGCCACCAACCUAUUCACCAAGCUCCUCUGUUAAUACCACCACUUCUGGUACCACCACUUCAUCCACAUCUACCUCCUCUCCUCUGAGUACGACAGAGCCACCAACCUAUUCUCCAAGCUCCUCUGUUAAUACCACCACUUCUGGUACCACCACUUCAUCCACAUCUGCCUCCACUCCCCUGAGUACGACAGAGCCACCAACCUAUUCUCCAAGCUCCUCUGCAACAACCACCACUUUUAGUACCACCACUUCAUCCACAUCUACCUCCUCUCCUCUGAGUACGACAGAGCCACCAACCUAUUCUCCAAGCUCCUCUCUUACAACCACCACUUCUGGUACCACCACUUCAUCCACAUCUACCUCCUCUCCUCUGAGUACGACAGAGCCACCAACCUAUUCUCCAAGCUCCUCUCUUACAACCACCACUUCUGGUACCACCACUUUAUCCACAUCUGCCUCCACUCCCCUGAGUACGACAGAGCCACCAACCUAUUCUCCAAGCUCCUCUCUUACAACCACCACUUCUAGUACCACCACUUUAUCCACAUCUGCCUCCACUCCCCUGAGUACGACAGAGCCACCAACCUAUUCUCCAAGCUCCUCUGCAACAACCACUGCUUCAUCAACAUCAGUGUCCACUCCAUCUACAACACGGCAGACAACUCCCGCAGUUCCACCUUUAGGUCGGGCUAUCUGCAGUGCAUCAGGGGACCCACAUUAUAAUACCUUUGACCAGAAGGUUCACCAUUUCAUGGGCACCUGCACCUACACCCUUUCCAAAGUCUGCAAUGCCUCUACUGGGCUUCUUCCUUUUGCUGUGUCCACGACCAAUGAGCACCGGGGCUCCAACACCAAAGUUUCUUAUGUAAAGUCAGUGCACGUGGAGGUCUAUGACAAUCAGAUUUCUCUUCUGAAGAACAGGAAAGUGAAUGUGAAUGGCAGAAGGGUGAACCUGCCUGCGUUCGUUGGAAGCAAAAUCAAGAUCCUAAGCAUUGGCGGCUAUAUUCACCUGGAAACCGAUUUUGGACUCUGGGUCAGAUUUGAUGGAAAUCACUAUGCAGAAGUCUCAGUGCCCUCUAAUUACCAGGGCCAGCUUUGUGGCCUCUGCGGCAAUUACAACAAUAAUCCAGGUGAUGACAACAUAAAGCCCGACGGUUACGCUGCACGAGAUUCCACAGAACUUGGAGACAGUUGGGUAGUGCCGGAGAACAACACCGUAUGCUCCAGUGAUCCUCCCGGGACCUGUGACCCCAAGCUGGAGAGCGAAGUGAAGAAGAACACGGCUUGUGGCAUGAUCUCCGAUCCAGCAGGUGUCUUCAAGGACUGUCAUGCCAAGGUGAAUUGGGAGAAUUUCUUUAAUAACUGUGUCUACGACAUGUGUCUCACUGGAGGGCAGGCAACGUCCUUGUGCUACGGGCUGCAGGCCUAUGCUGAGGCGUGUUCAAGUGCUGGGAUCUGCAUCAAGUGGAGGAGUGCUACACUUUGCCCAAUAACCUGUCCGGCACACAGCCAGUAUGAGAGCUGCAAUACCGUGUGUCCGCUCACCUGCUUGACUCCCUCCACACUCAGCUCUUGCAGCUCCUCACCGAUGGAAGGCUGUUUCUGCAGUGAGGGCUAUCUUCUGAGUGGAGACAAAUGCGUGCCUCAGGAGAGCUGCGGUUGCAUCGAUGCUGAUAAGAAGUAUCACCAGUUGGGUGAAAGCUGGUUUACCCAUGAGAACUGCACUGAGCGCUGCACCUGCAACAACAACAGCGACAUCACGUGUGCAGCCUGGAAAUGCGGCAUAAAGGAGAACUGCAACGUUCAGGAUGGGGUCCUGGGCUGCCAUGCCUCCGGGAGCGCAUCGUGUCAGGUGGUAGGUGACCCCCACUAUUUCACCUUCGACAAAACAAUGCUCACCUUCUUGGGCACCUGCACCUACACCCUGGUUGAAACCUGCAACAACAACAGCGUCGUUCCGGUGACCAUCAGAGGCAAAAAUGAAGACAGGGGACAGAGAGGUGCCACGUACCUCAAAGAGGUCUACAUCGAUGUGUACGACAGCCGAAUCACCCUCCAGAAAAGCAGGAGCAUCCUGCUCAACAAGGAGAGAGUCUACGCUCCGGUGAAGAACCGAAUGCGAGGCGUGUCCAUUGGCAACGUGGGGUUGUACGUGGUGGUGGAAACCGACUUCGGGCUGGUGGUGAAAUACGAUGGAGACCAUCACUUGGAAAUCAGUCUCCCGGACUCUUACUUCUCAAAGGUGUGUGGCAUGUGCGGCAACUACAACGGCAGGAAGGAUGAUGAGCUGCUCAUGCCCAAUCGUGUGCAGGCGAGUAACGUUGCGCAGUUUGGAAACAGCUGGAAAGUGGAAGCCGACAGCGAACGAGGCUGCUUACCAGACAAAGGAGACGAGCCUAACCCUCCCUGCACUGCUGCUGCCAGACCAAACAUGGAAAAGCAGUGCAAUGCCUUGAUGUCAGACCCCUUCAAGCGGUGCCAUCACCUGGUUGAUCCCGAGCUCUUCAUCAAGAGCUGCAUCUACGACAUGUGCAAGUAUGGCGGCAUGAAGUCCACUCUCUGCGACAUCGUUCAGGCUUAUGUGGACACCUGCAAGAAAAACGGGGAGAGCAUCACGUGGAGGAACAGCACGUUCUGCCCAUUACCUUGCCCCUCGCACAGCCACUACACUGCCUGCGCUCCUCUCUGCCCGGCCACCUGCAACGACAUUUUUGCACCCACGCUGUGUGAGAAGCCAGGCGAGUGCACAGAAGGCUGCGUGUGCAACAACGGCUACGUGCUCAGCAAUGACCGCUGCGUGCCGCUGAGGGACUGCGGCUGCAGGGACAACAAGGACAACUACUACAGCGUCGGGGACAGCUGGGUAACCAAACACUGCGGUCAGAAAUGCCGCUGCCGCAACGGAAAUGUCAUCACGUGUAAGGACUACACCUGUGAGAUUGGCUCGGUUUGCACCCUCCACAACGGGAACUACAAAUGUAAACCAACAGGUUUUGGGAAGUGCCUGGUCACCGGGGACCCGCACUACCUGACGUUUGAUGGCUUGUGGCACCACUUCCAAGGCAAGUCCACCUACAUUCUGGCUCAGACCGUCCCCGAAGUCCCCGGCCACCUGCCGCCAUUCAGCAUCGAAGGCAAGAACCAACUUCUGCCUCUAAGUCGACGCAUCACCUUCCUCAAGGAGGUCCGGGUCAACGUUUACAACCACACCGUGAUGUUCAAGCAGAGGAAGAGGCUCGUGCUGGACGGAGUGAGCGCUAUCCCCCCUGCCCGUCCUCACGAGGGUAUCCAGAUAUUCCAGCGAGCAACGAGAAUUUAUAUGCAGACAGAUUUUGGCUUAUCCAUUAGCUAUGACGGCUCUGAAAACUUAGACAUCACCCUGGCCAACACCUACAAGAACAAAGUCGAAGGCCUGUGCGGUAAUUUUGAUAACAAGUACAGGAACGACUUCACCAAGCCUGACGGCUCCCGGGUGAGGAACGUGAACGUGUUUGGGGAGAGCUGGAAGGUCCCCGUCGAGAGAUCGGCCCAUCGGCUCAGGCGAGCUGCAGAUGACGAACUGGACGAUGCCAAGCUGGAAACCGGGUUCCACAGCGAGUGCUCGGAAAGCCAGCUGCUUCAUGUCAACACCACUUCCAAAUGCCGGGUCCUGAUAGAUCCAAACGGCCCCUUCCGAGAGUGUCACUCCAAUGUCUCAGCAGACUCCUUCCUGCAGAACUGCCUGUUUGACAUGUGCGUGGAGCCCAACAACAACGAGAUGCUGUGUCGGGACAUGGAGCAGUACGUGCUGGUGUGUCAGGAGAGGGGCAUCGCCGUGCAGAACUGGAGGGAGCGGACGUCCUGUGCUCCGCAGUGUCCCCCCAACAGCACGUACAGCAUAUGCACGUCUGCCUGCCCCGUUUCCUGCGGCAACCUGGCAGCUGCCUCGGAGUGCGACCUGCCCUGCGUCGAAGGCUGCGAGUGCCUGCCCGGAUACAUCCUCAGCGGCUUUGACUGUGUGCCCUACAAAGAGUGCGGCUGCACCUUCCUCAACCAGUACUACAAGGUUGGAGAGACGUUCAUGACUGAGGACUGCUCUCAGACCUGCGUGUGCACGGAAAGCUCCAGCGUCUCCUGCCUCCCAAAACCAUGUGGCUCCGAGACGGUUUGUGGCGUGGCCAACAUGACCCGUGGAUGCUACCGGAGUUCUCCGUGUCUACAAAACCCCUGCCAGAACGACGGGACAUGCAUUCCCGGCAACAGCGAUUCCAGCUUCAGCUGCAUCUGUCCUGACCCGUACAUGGGGCCUCUCUGCGAGAAAGACCGGAUAGAUAACCAGGUCAUCCCAGGCGGAUCUAACUCCCUGGUCUACAUCAUCGUGGGUGUCGCUGUGGGUGUUGUUGUGCUGGCGCUGAUCAUCUCCCUGGUGCUCUGGGGAUACCGAAGGAAGAGGCAGGAUCAAUCGAGAUUAGCCAGUCAAAGGUCUUGGUCCUUGAGCCACUCAACGGAUACACUAGACCAAGGCACGGGACAGCAAGACCUUGGCUUUGUGGUCAACACAGCGUUUGAUCAGACAGAAAAUCAACCGCACCACUCCUAGCGACCUGCUUUCCUUCUGACUGUUGUCCCUUUUCCUGCUCAUGAUUUCCCCCAACCCCUUCCUAGCAUAAUAUUUACUAAUAAAACCCCUGGACAUCU